AUGGGUCUCGCAUUUUCCAAGAUCUUCGACAAGCUUUGGGGAAAGAAGGAGAUGAGAAUUCUGAUGGUCGGUCUUGACGCCGCCGGAAAGACUACGAUUCUCUACAAGCUCAAGCUCGGUGAAAUCGUCACGACCAUUCCCACCAUUGGUUUCAACGUCGAGACCGUCGAGUACAAGAACAUCCAGUUCACCGUGUGGGAUGUCGGUGGUCAGGACAAGAUUCGUCCUCUGUGGAGACAUUACUUCCAGAACACCCAGGGUAUCAUCUUCGUCGUCGACAGCAACGAUCGCGACCGUAUCGUCGAGGCCCGUGAGGAGCUCCAGCGCAUGCUCAACGAGGACGAGCUGCGGGAUGCCAUUCUCCUGGUCUUCGCCAACAAGCAGGAUUUGCCCAACGCCAUGAACGCCGCCGAGAUCACAGACAAGCUUGGCCUCCACUCCCUGAGACAACGCGCCUGGUACAUUCAGUCCACUUGCGCUACCUCCGGUGAUGGUCUCUACGAGGGUCUCGAGUGGCUUGCCACCACCCUGCGCAAGGCGGGUCACCAGUAA